AUGAGAGAAUUUGAAAAUGGUUUUCGACAGCAAUCCGACGAAAAGGAUCGAGUUUCGGAGACGAAAGGACAUGGUAACAAAAUCGAUGAUGGAACUCGUGCAGUUGAAAAGUCGGAGAAUGAAAAGGACGGUGCCAACUAUAUGGAUGUACUAGAUCAACGUUCUUCACCGUGGAGAUCCAUAUGGAUUUCAAUAGGAAUGCAAUUUAUUGUAGGAAUUCAAACUUCUAUAUAUUAUAUGUCUAUGUGGCCAUACCUCAGCUUGAUUGAUAAAACGGCAACUGUGGAUUUCUUAGGAUGGGUGAUCGCAGCUUGCAGCUUAGGAUGUUCUAUUGCAAAUCCUCUAUUUGGUUUCUGGAACCAAAAAACCCUAUCAAUUAAAGCGCCUGUGAUUGUGGGAAUGAUAAUGAUGGCUGCAGGUCAAUGCGUAUUCGGUCUACUUCCGCUUCUCAACUCAUACCAAAAAUGGAUUAUGAUGGCAGCAAGAUUAAUGACAGGAUUCGGCGCUGGAACUCUUUCGGUCUUGAGAGCUUACGCAGCUACCGCAUCUGUACCUCGUGAUCGUCUUCGUGCAGUUUCAUUUGGAACCGCUGGCUACGUCCUGGGGCUUUCAUUCGGGCCUGCGAUACAGGCAGUGUUCACACCAGUCGGAUUGAAUGGAUUUAAAAUUGGCCGAAUAAUAUUUAACAUGUACACAUUACCGGCAUUUUUUAUGGUGUUAUUAUCUGUAAUCUGUUGUAUUAUUGUACAAAUUCUUUUUAAAGAAGAGUACGCUGGAAUAAUUAAAAAGGAGGACAAAGAAGAUGAUCCGAAUAUAAUAAUUCCCAAAUUCGACGUGAUCCCGGCGUUAAUUUGUAUUUAUUUAUGGGUUGUGUCAUGUAUGGUCGCCACUAACAUCGAAGUAAUUUCGACGCCAUGGUCAGUUGUUAUGUAUAACUGGAAAGAUUCGGAUGCAGUUUUGUACAAUGGGAUUUUCCAGACAGCAUCAUGCCUUGUAUCAUCUGGAAAUAGUUUUUUAAUUGGAUAUACUCGUAUAGGACAGAUCGAAAAACGAAAACAAAUAAUAUUUGGUGUCACUGUGUUCCUACUGUUUCAUGUUUUCAAUUUUCCCUGGCCAUUCUAUCCGGGCCCAUUGGAUUAUAUUCCUGAAGGAAAAAGCACCACCGAAAUUGGAGGAUGCCUUCCAGCAUAUAAAUGGUGCGCAGAAACCGUUCGAGUACCAUUUCCGAUCUAUUUGAUCUGUUUCGUUUUCUUCUUUGGUGUCUCGUUCCCAUUCACUGGAUCACCCUCAGCAACACUCUUUUCUCAAAUACUCGGACCUCGUAAACAGGGGAUGAUGCAAGGUAUGCAUUCGUUCGGUGGAAGCGUUUCUCAAUUUGUCGCACCUAUUCUUACAACAUACUUAUUUCAAAUAUCAGGAUACAAAUAUGUAAUGGUUACUCAGAUAUGUACUUUGGGACUUGCUCUGAUCCUUACUGUAGUUUUCUAUAAGCGACUAGUGCCACUGAAAGUUAUUAGCACACAAGAAACUGAUGUGAAGAAAGACGACGGUGUAUUCACCAAAAUGUAG